AUGUUGUCUUUAGUGCGGACACUCCUUUUUCUUUCCUUUUUGCUGCAGUGUAUAAGUGCUCAGAAUUACGAUUUUAACGAUGCCUUCAAAAAAUCUCUAGACAAGGGCACCGUCCAAAUAGUAGGAGUAGGAGAUACAAAAACGAGGGUAUUUCCAGUAACACCACAAUUUUUUCCUGUCACCAUCGCGAGGAAUGUUGGUGAAACGAUAUCAUUCAGGUUCUUUGCAAAUAGCACUCAAGAAUUCAGUGUGACCGAAGGGACGCUUACCUCGCCAUGCAUACCAAAGCCGGGAGGAUUCAGUUCUGGAGUCAUACGGAACCCGACAGUAUUUGGCCAGAGUGUUGGGGAAUUUUACUACUUUAACUUUACCGUUGUUACCCCAGAACCAUUCUACUAUUUCGCCAACACAGAAGCAUGUACAUUUGGAAUGGCGGGUGGCAUUAACACGCCUGGUACAACUUCCGCUAGCUUCCGACGUGCAUCGAUUGCUCUCGCCGAUUCCCCACAAAAUCCUUUCGUUACACCAUCUUCACCCACCUCACCAACAACUACAUUAAAUCCUCAAGCAACAAGCUCUUCAGCAUCCGACUCAUCUGGUCAAAACAUCACGCUCGUACUGGUAGCGACGCCUCUCGGGAUAGCAGGCAUUCUCUUUGGCAUAUUCGGCGUAAUCACGUAUGUUAGACGCCUUCGUCGGGCGCGGGCACUAGAAGCCAUCGAUCAGGAAUCUGGCAAAGGCUCCAAAAAGACGCUGGAAUUAGAAAACGACCCCCAAGCCUUCGAAAUGGGCAUGAAAUCCCCCAGCAUCUUCGAGCUGUGGGGCGAUAUCGGCAUGAAACACCUGAGUGGCAUAAGACCAUCCAGAACGUCGGGUCCGCCGCCCAAGGUCCCGAGUAAAGACGGACCGGUGGUGCCUGGACGCGUGCAGUUGACGGACGAACCGAUGAACAGGACGCGCAUGUCGUUGAAGAGAGCGACGGCUGGAGCGCAGACGUCGCAGGAUUUCGGGUUUAGGAGUCCCGAGCUCACUCGCCCGGCGUCGAGUAGUGCGUGGGUGCGAAAUCCCGGGUUGAGGAGUCCGGCGGGGGUUCCGAAGGUUUCGUCGUUGACGGGACUUCCUUAA